AACAAACAGCCGACUGACUGACAGAUCUUCUUUCUUUCAUUCUACGAAGGGAGGGAAGGUAAGGUUCAAUCAGCCAGCAAGCAAGCAAGCAGAGUGCAGAUUCUUUUGGAUUUCAGCAAGCAUGAAGAUCAUAGGCUGUAACUGCAUACCGAAAUCAAGUGUUUUAAUCAUGCAACACGAGUUAUCUUCCCUUGUGUUUUGCAAGCCAACAUUAUUGAUUCCGAGUUAUUACCAAAAGAGAAAUAAUUUUGUCACAAAGUUGCAAUGUUCUGUUGCUAGUAGACCAUAUGCCUCGAGUUCAGAUUCCGUUCGUUCGAAUAAAAAACAAGGAAAAUCAUCAUCGUCGUCAUCGUCAUUAUAUGGUCGUGCAAGUUUAUUAGAAAUGAAAAACGAAAGAAUUGCGAACCGAGCCCGUGUGUACGAGUUUUUAAGAAGUAUCGGUAUAGAACCAGACGAGCUUGACGGUUUAGAGCUUCCUGUAACCGUUGAUGUUAUGAAGGAGCGUGUCGAUUUUCUUCACACACUAGGGUUGACAAUCGAAGAUAUAAACAACUAUCCUCUUGUUCUCGGUUGUAGCGUCAAGAAAAACAUGAUCCCGGUUCUAGAUUAUUUGGGUAAAUUAGGCGUUAAACGAUCAAAUUUAACCGAGUUUUUACGACGGUACCCUCAAGUUCUUCAUGCCAGUGUUGUAGUGGAUCUCGCACCCGUUGUUAAGUAUCUUGAAGGCAUGGAUAUUAAACCGAACGACAUUCCUCGAGUUCUUGAAAAGUAUCCGGAAGUGUUGGGGUAUAAACUCGAGGGUACAAUGAGCACGUCUGUCGCUUAUUUAGUCGGAAUCGGAGUUUCAAGACGAGAAAUUGGCGGGAUUCUAACGAGAUAUCCCGAAAUUUUAGGAAUGAGAGUCGGCAGAGUGAUCAAACCGUUCGUCGAAUAUCUUGGAAGUUUGGGAAUCCCGACAUUAGCCGUGGCCCGGUUAAUUGAGAAACGACCGCACAUACUCGGGUUCGGGUUACACGAUCAAAUCAAACCAAACGUUAAGUUGUUAACUGAAUUUGGUGUUCGGGAAGCAUCGAUUUCUUCCGUAAUCGCACAAUAUCCCGAGAUUAUAGGGCUUGAUCUUGGCGUGAGGCUACCGAAACAACACGAUUUCCUUACGUCCCUUGUUGAUUUGAGCCGUGAAGAUUUCGGAAAAAUGAUAGAGAAAAUGCCGCAGAUUGUAAGUUUGAGUAGCGCGGCGGUUGUGAAGCAUGUCGAGUUUUUGAAAAGUUGCGGUUUUGCUGAAAACCAAGUGAAGAAGAUGGUUAUCGUGUGUCCGCAAGUGCUUGCACUGAAUAUGGAUAUAAUGAAAUUAAAUUUCGAUUAUUUUCAAGAUAAGAUGGGGCGCGAGUUGGACGAGCUAGUUGAUUUUCCGGCUUUCUUUACGUACGGUUUGGAGUCGACUAUAAGACCGAGGCAUCGGAUGGUUGCUAAAAAGGGACUUAAAUGUUCUCUUGCGUGGCUUCUUAACUGUUCGGAUGCUAAAUUUGAGCAAAGGAUGAAAUACGACACGAUAGAUAUCGAUGAGAUGGAAGAUGAGUCGUCGUUUGACAUGAAUAGUUUAACGCGGCCUAGAAACAACGAAUCGGAUUCUGAUUACGAUGAAGAUGAAGAUAGCGAUGAAGAAUAUCUAUAGGGAACUUUAGCGAAGCGGUCUCAACGAGCAAAAUAUAUUUGGCAGCAUGUAAUAUGUGUUAGUUUUACAUUAAAUUUGUUAACCUGUGUUUGUCAUGAAUUGGUUAUUCAUAAUCAGUGACAGCACAGAAUGAGUGAGUACCUAGGAGUUGUUUAAGAACCACAUGAUGUUGCAUCCAACGACUACUUGUGAAACCAGCAACAUCAUCCGGUCCUGCAUGGCGAGGCGAUGUAGGACCAGAUGAUGUUGCAUUGAACUAGUUGCGGUAUAAAUUUUAUAGGCAAAUUGGAUUUAAA